UCACUCAGAACAGAGAGGCUCAGCCUCUGGUGCGCCAAUGAGCCAAGUGGAGUUUGAAAUGGCCUGCGCGUCCCUCAAGCAGCUGAAGGGUCCCGUCAGCGAUCAGGAGAAACUGCUGGUGUACAGCUUCUACAAACAGGCCACCCAGGGCGACUGUAACAUCCCUGUCCCUCCAGCCACAGAUGUGAGAGCAAAGGCCAAAUGGGAGGCGUGGAAUGUGAACAAAGGGAUGUCCAAGAUGGAUGCCAUGAGGAUCUAUAUUGCCAAAGUGGAGGAGCUGAAGAAAAACGAGUGUGGCUAAGGACAUGUUGGCCAACACAAGGAAGUCGCAUGGCUUCACUGGUAGGGAAUGGGCUUAAGAGUUCUGAUGGCUGGAACACACUGAAAGGGUAGCAAGGUUAGCGGAGACAUCAAUAAAUCACCUUAACCGCAGGAGAGUGGAGUCUGUUACAAAAAAAGAAACUGUGAGGGGUCUGAAAAGGGGUUCAAAUGUAAAAGCAUC